GGCAGGGCGCGCGCCGCGGUUCCAGCCCGGCUCCCGGAGUGGCCAGGCGGCAAAGGUGCGUGUCUGGAAAGCCCUUUCCAGUCUUGGCAUUAGCAAAGCAGGUUCUGGACCUGGAACGCCGAGCGAGCAGGCUGAAGGGGCGCCCGCUGCCCGCUCCGUGGGCCUGAGCUGAGCCGAGCGAGGUGAGGCGCUGGCACGUUGUGCCCACCCCAGAAGAACCGUUGCGGGGUGAAUGAGGCGCCGUGACAGCAUCCUAGCCUGGUGAAGAGGAGACAGAAAGAUCCCCCGGCGCGGUCCAUCCUGACACUGAGACGUCGUGGGGCUCUGCGAAAUCCCACCCCUUCCCCGCCAAAAAAAAAGGUGUGGGAGGAGAACACCCCCCAAACCCAAAUCCACCAGGACUCUGGAGAACUUGCAGAAAGGGACGGCAGGCAGAUCCCUAGCUGGACCCCUCCGCUGCAAAUCUGAUCCCCUUCGGCUGGCCAGCUGCUCUCGGCUCCUGUUGGCAUCAGUGGCUGACCGCCGGACAACGCCGCUUUGAGAUCCACUCGCUGCAUCCAGGGCUGAAGACUGUUUGCUCGUUCUUCCCUCCACCCCGCCCUAUGUUGGUAUUCUCAGCAUCGGAGCAGGGGACAUUUGAAGGCUGAGGAAGCUUUCGGUCAGAACUGCUUUUAGAUCCAAGGAUAUUGCUUUUUGUUUCUGCCCCCUUGUUUUAAUCCUUCCCUUCUCAUCGCCCUCUUCCCUCCUCUUUUUCUUCCCCCCUCCCUCCUAGCUUUUUGGGAGACCCUUGCAAACCCGGGGGAGCACGCUACCUGCGGAAUCCUUGCCGGACGCAAGUAUUCUUGCUCAUGGCGAGCCCACUCUGGUGAGAGGCGCAGAGCCGGGCUGCUUCAGAGAACUGCGAGCAAGAAUUCUGUCCUGCAGCCAAAAGGGGGCCGGGGGAAAGGCUCCUUCCCGCAGCCGCAGCAGGAGGAGGAGGAGGCGGAAAGAGGAGGGAGGGGGAGGCCUUGGGCUCGCUAACCCUCGCCUCGCCUUAGUUCGCCUUGGAGGGGAUGCCGACCGCAAGCCCUGGCCGCGCCGUUUAAUGCUCCGCGCGGGCCCUCCGACGCGCAGUGGGUCUUACGUGGAGCGGGGUUGGACGCGUUGGCCCCCGGUGACUGCUCCGACAUCGGAUUUCAGAUGCAUGCCAGGUUUCCAGUGAAUGCCAGAAGUCCAGCUCACUCCUCAUGGAUCCUCCAAAUCCACAUGGAAGUGGUGGGUCAUUUGUGGUGAUCCAGCAGCCUUCCCUGGAUGGCCGGCCGAGGUUGGACCACGAGAGGGAGAGCCAGACCACCACCAUCUUGUCCCUGGACCAGAUCAAGGCCAUCAGAGGCAACAAUGAAUACACCGAAGGGCCAUCUGUACUCAAAAAGCCUGGCCCCAGGCUAGCGCCCAGACCAGAGAAACAUGAGAGGACUCAUGAAAUCAUACCCCUUAACGCGAAUAACAAUUCUGAGCACCAACCCCCAGGCCACGUGGGGUUACCCACUAACUCCAGGGUUCCUGUUCUGAACAGGUCCACCAGUACAGGGAGUGCGGCCAGCUCUGGCAGCAACAGCAGCGUGUCCUCAGAGCAGGGCCUGCUGGGAAGAUCCCCUCCAUCCCGACCAGCUCCAGGCUGGCAGGCGGAAAGGGCCAUCCGGUCCCAGCCGGAGCGGGCCUCCUUCGUCACAGAGGACCUGAAAGUUUCCUUGAAAGAGGAAGCCUCGACCCAGCACAAGUUCAUCUGUGAACGGUGUGGGAAGUGUAAGUGCGAAGAGUGCACAGCCCCCAGGGCCCUGCCCUCCUGCCUGGCUUGUGAUCGUCAGUGCCUGUGUUCCGCUGAGAGCAUGGUGGAGUAUAGCACCUGCAUGUGCCUGGUCAAGGGCCUCUUCUACCAUUGCUCCAACGACGACGAGGGGGACUCGUACGCGGACCAUCCCUGCUCAUGUUCCCAGGCCCAUUGCUGCUCUCGGUACCUGUGCAUGGGGACCAUGGCCCUGUUCCUGCCUUGUUUACUGUGUUACCCCCCAGCCGAGGGGUGUCUGAAGCUCUGCCGGGGCUGUUAUGACCGGUUCACACGACCGGGCUGCCGAUGUAAGAACUCCAACACUGUCUAUUGUAAGCUGGAGAGCUGCCCCUCUCGGGCUCAGGGCAAACCCUCAUGAUGAGGGGAGGUGAACUCGACCUUGGGAUUGUCUCCACUUUCAGGUUGUGACUGUGGGCUUGUUUUUCUCUCGGCUCCCUUUCCCCUUCGUUCCUCCCUUCUCCUCCCCGGGUCCCACCUUCUCUUUCCCCUGCUGCUGGAUUUCGCUCCUGGAUUUCCUCCCUCUCCUUCCUGUGGAUGAUCUUCGGAUGGUGACCUUGCACCUGGCUCCCACCUUGGACAAGAGCCUCAGGGCUGAUCUGCCUCUUGUGUUCCUCGAAUGAACUUCUGAAGUCAUCCUUAUUCUCUGCAGUAUUUUGGGGGUGUGUGUGUGUGUGUGUGUGUGUGUAUUUCCUUGUGGUGGAGUGCUAAAAGAAUAAUCCAUUUAAUUUCUGGAGUAAGCUAGGGAGUGAAUGGAGUUCCCCUUAGAAAUUUUUUUAAUGGAGUUUGAAUCUUCCCUUGAGGGUAUAGACUUGUCUUCAUGGUGCAUAAAGUUUCUUUUCCACCUCUCUUCCCUUACCCCACCCUUCUUGCUUCUAUCCUCUUUUCUUCUCCUUCCUCCCCUCCAACCACCAGUUUUGGCAUUGGCUCAUUCCAGGGAAUUGCCAAGCAUGUCCUUCCCCCUCCUUCCCCACCCCCCAAUUUCUGAUUUUCUUGACAAUAUAAGUAUUCUCCUUGGAGUCCUGUUAGCUGAUCAUGGCCCCCUCCCCCACCUAUUAAAUCUCUUCAACCCUUUCCUGCUUCCCCCUCCUCAUUGUCUCCUCCCUCUUUCAGUGUCUGCUGUCAUUGAGGCCACUUUGAUCGCUAACCUGGGUGGUAUUUGUAUAUCUGAGUUGUUUUCUGGGGCCCCUGACUCAAGUCAUCUGAAACAUGCCUGACUCCUUUCUCUGCACCCUUCCCAUUCCCAAUCCCCACCUUAGAGCUUCAGGCCCAUCUGCAGAGAAGCAGACCGAUUCCGACCUGACCCAGGCCAGCAUUGCCUUAGCCACACGUUGUGGCCAUGUCUUGUAUAUUGUAUGUAUAAAUCACAAAGUUGAAUUCUGCCUAUUUUUAAGACAAAAGUCUGUUAAACUUUUUUAUUGUAAAGAAUAUUUAUUAUGUGAAUCUCUAUUAUUUUAUGAUAUUUAUUGCAAAGGACUGUCGAAAUGUACUCAUGUCUGAAUAUAACAAAAACAGCAGUACCUAACGAAAACUAAGGGUGAUGCAAAGAAAAGUACCUAUGUUAACUAUAAUGCAGAAAAUAUAUUAAUUAAUGAAAGGGACUCUUCAUUUCUUUAUUGA